UAUGGACUCUCCUAAACGUUGCUAGGUCUUAUUUGUGAGUUGGUGUAGUCUUUCAUGUUUAGAUUGAGCCACAUCUCUGUCUGUUGAAUGUCCACAAUGUGUUUGAAGAUACAAACAAGUCAUUUUCUAAUUGUCCUUUUCUUCGCAUUGUUAAACUUAGGCCUGUACAUGUUCCCAAACUACACGAAUACAUCUAAGACUGCACCUAUGACUACACUAGACAGACAUUCCAACACUCAGUGUAAGACUACAGCUAGCCUUCAGUUAGACAGACAUUCCAACACUACGAAUAGAUCGUGUCUGUACCUAUCCACAUCGUUCACAGGACGUAUUGGUAAUCAGAUGUUUAUCUACGCCACCAUGGUGGGCUUAGCCAGGGCGCAGAAUAGGAUGCCAUUUAUCAACACAGGGGGUGAUCUGCUGACCAUUUUUCCGAUCACCAACAUACGAACUGAUAUCAACACAACUGGAUGGAGUGUCAUUGGUGAAUCAGGCUAUGCCACAUUUGACUCAAAAUUUAUGAAUCUUCCUCAAAGAAAUCUGACCUUAGCGGGCUAUUUACAAAGCUGGAGAUAUUUUCUACACGCUCAAGAUGAAAUUAGGCGGGAAUUUACUUUCGUACCUUCCAUACAGAAAGAAGCAGACGCUGUACUUGCAAGUUGUAGAUCACAACUACAGAAUCACGUGAUAGUCGGCGUGCACGUUCGACGUGGUGACUUUGUCCUAGAUCAUAAACAGAAAUUCGGCUACGGAGUUGCGAAUGCGUCAUAUUUUGUCAAAGCCUUCGCUAAAAUAAGGUCAUUACUACCCAAUCAAAACAUAACAUUUCUGGUGGCGAGUGACAACUUGACUUGGUGUAAGGACAACAUAAAAGAUACAAGCGUUACAUUUUUACCCGAGAGGGAUCGAGGAAUUCACUUCGCCAUUUUGUCCAGCUGUGAUCACGUGAUCUUGACAAGCGGAACGUUUGGCUGGUGGAUUGCCUGGCUGGCCAACGGAAUUAGUAUUUAUUUUGAAGGUUAUAUUAAAAAAGACUCGCCCUUGGAGGCUGGGUUUACUUCUCGCGAUUAUUAUCCGCUUGGUUGGAUAGGCUUGGGGAAUUAAAUCAUUUUGUUGGAAAGAAAGACAUGUGACAAUAAAAGA